AUGGCCGACGAGAUAAAGGGUCCUGUGUCAGACGACGCCCAAACGGUGCAAGUCACCGCCGAAGCCGCCGUCAAGGCAGUCAAGGCCGGUGACAAAGACGUCGACAUCGCCGCACAAAUCAUCGCCGAGUAUGGUGCAGAGAUGGGCGACCAGACCUGGUCGGCUGAGGAAGAGAAGAAACUGAUUCGCAAGGUCGACUGGCGAUUAAUUCCGAUUCUAUUUGUGUGUGCUACACUGUCUGGUCUUGACAAGACGGCCAUAUCGGCUGCAGCAAUUUAUGACAUCAAGAAAGAUCUAAACCUCACCGGUCAGCAGUACUCGUGGGUUGGAUCAGCGCCGUUCUUUGGCGGGUUGUUGUUUAUGGGGCCGUCGGCCUAUUGCCUACAGAGAGUUCCCGCCGUCAAAUACUUUGCCAUAAACGUAUUCUUCUGGGGAGUCCUCGAGAUGUGCAUGGCAGCCACCACCAAUUUCACCGGCCUUUUCAUCUGCCGCUUCUUCCUGGGCGGAUGCGAGGCUCUACUGAUCCCCGCCGUCACUCUUGUUGUUUCGAUGUGGUAUCGUCCAGAUGAACAGCCCAAGCGCAACAGUAUCAUUCUCAAUGUCAUUGCCCCUAUCCUCAACGGGUUUGUCGCCUGGGUGGUGGGCUACUAUCCCGGUGCGUUUCCGGUGUGGAAGAUUAUCUUUCUUCUGCUCGGCGCACUUACAACCGUGUGGUCUUUUGUCGUCUAUUACUUUCUACCAAAUAACCCCCUCGACGCAAAAUUCCUCUCCAGCCGCGAGAAAUUCAUCAUCAUCCAACGCAAAGCCGCCGACAACACCGGCAUCGAGUCCAAAACUAUCAAGAAAGAGCAAAUCUACGAAGCCAUCAUGGACCCAAAGACCUGGCUUAUCUGGUUCGCCAUUGUGGCGCUGCAGGUGCCCAACGGCGGUCUCACCACGUUCAACACGCUAAUCAUCUCCGGCUUAGGGUUUGAUCCCUUGCAGACAUCCCUGCUGGCCAUGCCGCCAGGCGCGAUGAGUACUUUGUCUGGAAUAGGCUUGAGUUAUUUGGCUGCGACGACGAGACGCUAUCGUACGCCGAUUGUGGCGGUUAGUAUUUUACUGCCCUUGUUCGGCGCGGUGCUGUGCUAUGCACUGCCGAGGACAAAUCUGGCGGGACAGCUGGUUGGUUUGUAUAUUUUAUAUACUUACUGGGCUCCCUACGUAACUCUCGUCUCCGUGUACCAGGCCAACAUUGCGGGGCACACCAAAAAAAUCACGCUCUACGCAUGGUUCUACAUUGCCUGGACCACCGGUAACAUCAUCGGCCCACAGACCUUCCGCGAAGACCAGGCGCCGACCUACACUGGCGGCACUAUUGCGAUGAUUGUAUGCUAUGUUGUUGCUCUUAUUGCCGUGCUCGCGUACGGCUUGCUCUGCCACCGCGAGAACAAGAAACGCGCGGUCGAAAUGCAGAAUGGAGGCGUGACUGCUGCGGACCAAGAUUGGUUGGAUUUGACGGAUGGGGAGAACCGGGCGUUCAAGUAUACGACUUAA